GAAAAUCAUCCACCCAUGGCACUCGUGUCCCUCCUAUUUCUCGCAGCCGCCCUCGCAGCGUCCCGCACCUCCGCGCAAGCCGCCAUCCGGCGCGGCGACGAGGCGCCCUUCAUGCACGUCCCCCUCGCGACGGCGACGGACUACGCGUCGGGCCGGGUGCACAAGCAGCUCAUGGCGGGCAUGGUGCAGUACGUGUCGACGAUCCGGCAGGACGGCGUGCGCGCCGCGGACGCCGUCGACCCGCUGCUCGGCAUCGCCGCGAUCAGGGAGUACACGCCGUGCGUCGGCGGGUACGGCGGCACGCAGGAGAACAACACGUACGCGUGCCGCAACCUCGAUCUGUACGCGUUCGUGCCGCACGGCGAGCUCGGGAGCGCUGUCAAGGUCGGGAACGAUAUCUGGGGCUGGGCGCACACCGAUGUGCAGGGUGCGACGACGCGUGAGUUUGGGCUGGUGGGGCAGAUGGAUGGCACGGCGUUCGUUGAGGUCUUGUCGGACGGGCAGAUCGCGUACCUGGGCCGCCUGGCGACGCAGACCACAAGCGAAAUCUGGCGGGAUAUCAAGGUCAUCGGACACCAUGCUUACAUCGGAAGCGAGGCUCUCGGACACGGCAUCCAGGUGUUCGACUUGCACAAACUCCUGGACAAGUCGUUGCUUGCGUCUCCCAAGGUGUUCAGCAUCGAAACAGACCUGACUGCCCUCUAUGAUGGCCUCCCGCUCGGCUCCUCACACAAUGUCGUUUCGCAUGAAGACAAGAACCUCAUCAUCGCCGUCGGUGCUCUUCCCCGCACAGACAUCUGUGGUGCAGGCUUGAUUUUCAUCGACGUAUCGGAUCCUUCGAAGCCGACUGGUGUAGGUUGCGCCGGGGACGAUGGCUAUGUGCACGACGCGCAGUGCUUGACUUACAUUGGUCCCGAUGCCCGGUACAACGGCUCGGAUAUAUGCUAUGCCUUCAACGAGGACACGUUCACCAUCUACGACAUCACCAACCCCGCCGACACAGUGACCCUGUCUGUCACGUACUACUACGGCGUGGCGUACUCGCACCAAGGCUGGGUCAUCGACGAGAAGAACCAAACCCACCUGCUGCUCAACGACGAGCUCGACGAGCUCUCCCAGAGCGGCUGGGCCGCCGACCAGCGCACGACGACAUACAUCUGGGACAUCACCGACCUCGAGCGCCCCGUCCUGACCGGGCACUACAAGUCCCCGGCGGUCGCUAUCGACCACAACCUGUACGUCCGCAACGGGCUCGCGUAUGAGACCAACUACAACAGCGGAUUGCGCGUCGUGGAUGUGUCGAGCGUCAAGCAGGACCCGACCGGCGCUGGGUUCUUCGAGGCUGCGUUCUUCGACGUGCACCCCGAGGACGACGAGACCAAUGGGUCCGCGGAGAUUGGCGGCGCGUGGUCCUCGUACCCGUACUUUGACAGCGGAUAUAUCCUCGUCAACACACUCGAGCGGGGCUUGUUCGUUGUCAAGUAUAACAACACCGGCGGACUGUGAAGUGCACUUUAAGUUUGUGUUGUUUGCGCUCUUUCUUGGCUGAAUGAAAGAUGUCCCCCCAUCGAAGAAGUGCUAGCGCACAUGUGUAUAGCCCAUAUCGCAUGCGAGUCAUCCAUUAUACAUCAUAUAUCGGCGAUACACUUCAGAUGUGGACCGAGAACCCUCCCGUUUUACCUGAUUCCCUCUGUUGUUACAUCGCGCAUCUUGCUUUCUACAUGUGUGGAAGCCACUGGUGUGGAUCGUAAAAGACAAUGCGCACUCGGAAACCUGGGAUCUAUCAGAGAGAGUAAACUACUGGAGUGGCCGAUGAUGCUGCCUGCGUCAAGUCUCUCCGAUCCUUAUGUUAUGUACAUGUGUGUCCCUUAUGGUGACGCGGUCACGUGCCGACGACUCCACUAUAUAUCAACUUUC